AUGGAGAACAAAGUUGAGAUCUUAUCAAGAGAAGUAAUCAAACCGUCUUCUCCAACUCCAAAUGAUAAGAGAAUUCUCCGUCUCUCUCUUCUUGAUAUCCUCAGCUCACCCAUGUACACAGGUGCACUUCUCUUUUACGCUGCAGACCCGCAUAACCUUCUCGGUUCUUCAUCAGAAGGAACAUCCUUGAAGCUCAAGAAAUCUCUGUCUAAAACAUUACCAAUCUUCUACCCUCUUGCCGGAAGAAUCACUGGAAGUUUCAUCGAAUGUAAUGAUGAAGGAGCUGUGUUUAUAGAAGCUAGGGUGGACCAUCUUCUCUCGGAGUUUCUCAAGUGCUCUGUUCCUGAAUCAUUGGAAUCACUCAUUCCCGUUGAAGCUUUAUCAAGAGAAGCAGUUACAUGGCCUGUGUUGCUAAUCCAGGCCAACUUCUUCAGCUGUGGAGGAUUAGUUUUAACAAUCUGUGUUUCUCAUAAGAUCACUGAUGCAACAUCCUUAGCAAUGUUCAUCAUAGGAUGGGUUGAGACAGCAAGAGGUUUAGAGAUUACAAUGACUCCUAGUUUCACCGCUUCAAAGUUCUUUCCUCCACCUCCUGAUGAGCUUCCUUUCAAACCGAUGGAUCGUAAAGUAGAGGUUGAAGAGAUGAACUAUGUAACAAAAAGGUUUGUGUUUGAUGCUUCAGAGAUCAAGAAACUUAGAGCCAAAGCUUCAUGUAACCUUGUCAAGAAUCCAACUCGUGUUGAAGUGGUUACAGCUGUCUUCUGGAGAUGUGCAACUAAGGCUUCUAGGUUGAGUUCUUUAACAACAAGAACUUCGGUGUUGCUGAUACCGGUGAGCAUACGAGGGAAGGUAGAUUAUUUGCCUGAGAACACCAUUGGGAAUAUGCUUUCCAUCAUGAUUCUCAAGAACCAAGAAGGUAUGAUAGAUGGGAUUCAAGAUGUGGUUAGUGAGUUGAGGAAAACAAAGGAAAACUUCAGCUUAAGAUGCAAGGAAAUGUCGUCGUCGAUAGUUCUUGAGUCUUUGGCAGAGAUUGGGAAAGUAUAUGGAAGAGGAAAUGAGAUGGACUUGUGGAUGAGUAAUAGCUGGUGUAAGCUUGGCAUGUACGAGGCUGAUUUUGGAUGGGGAAAGCCGGUUUGGGUGACCGGAAGAGGCACUUCUAGUUUCAAGAACUUUAUGUUGUUGAUUGAUGCUAAAGAUGGAGAGGGGAUUGAAGCUUGGAUCACUCUUGUUGAUAAACACAUGUCUCUUUUCGAACAAGAUGAAGAGCUUCUUGAAUCAGCUUCCUUGAAUCCCCCUGUUUUGAUAUAA